AAACCUUUUUUUAACCACAACGUGAGAGUUACACAGACCUUUGUCGUGCAAAGUUCGAUCUCUCACCUUCUGGGAAAUGAGCCAAACUAACCGACAGUUAUCUUGGAGCAGAAUGUGGCCAGGGGGGGAGAUAAUAAAGACAGUCGGCGGUGUGAGCGCUCCCAGCAUGACGCUAAAAACCGAAGAAAGUCGGCUCUAUUUCAGCACAAACUCAGCGGGGAACGGCAGUCUGAAGGGACCCGAGAAUGCAGACGCAAACAUUUACAACUCCGGACACAUGAAUCUGUUCUCCUGUGACAUGGAAAAACACUGCUGUCAGACAGCUGCUGCUCCUCAAGAGGAAUUGUUAAACGCUGAGUGCCGUGUGGGCGACAGUCGCUCUUUUUCUGCCUGCGCCACAAUCUCAGAAACAGCCAGGGAGCUUUGCAAAGCUGUGUCCGUGUCAUUGGGACUGGCCAUGGAGUCCAAUGACACGAGCGACACGGACGCCACUCUCCCCCCGUGCGCCGCAAAUGACCACAUGCGAGGGGAGUAUUUGUUCGGAGUAGGAGCCGUGCCUCUGAGCUGUCCCGGAGCCCAGGCUGCUGCCACCGAGUACAAGUGCCCCGACCGAGAUGACCGGAAGCAACUGGUUGAAAUGUUCAAAAGUUCAGAGCCUGCUGCGCGUCUGCAAUAUUUCACCCCCACUCAAUCAUCAGUGAAUGAACCAAACUUUACACUCUGCGAGGCUGAUGACAUUACUUCAGAAGAGAUAGAUCAUCAGGACACAGCGGGAGCUGCGUCUUGCCCUUAUGCUCCGUCCGCGCCAGGCAGCUUGGCACAGUUCAGCCACGCGGGAACAGAUCGGCCGUGCGGAGUCUACGAGCCCCCAGAUGAAGCGAGGGAGUUCGGGGAAGCCAUGGAGAACAAGUUUGCUGGUUAUCAGCCAGAACAAUACAGCGUCAAAGUCAAAUGUGAGGACGUCGGAUCUGCCGGGGCGUUGUGGAGCAGCAAUUACACCUUUAACGAGAGGUACAACACUCAGUGUUGGAGCUCCAGGCAGUGCGCUAAUGCGCACAGCACAGGUGCCAACACCGCGUUCGUAUCUAAUCCAUAUGAGAGGAGCGCCAUGCGUCCUGAGCAGUGGUACCCUGGCGGGAUGCUGAGGCCGCCUUAUCCCAACUCUAACAACGUGAAGACUGAAGUCGGCGAAUGGCUGGAUGUCACCUACAAUGACUCCAGGUUCGAGACUGGCAGAGAGCACAUGUUCCCCAUGGAUUUCUUCUUUCCACCACAGAGGAUGUGCCUGAUCUGUUCAGACGAAGCAUCUGGCUGCCAUUACGGUGCUCUCACCUGUGGCAGCUGCAAGGUUUUUUUCAAAAGAGCUGCAGAAGGAAAACAGAAAUACCUGUGCGCAAGUAAAAACGACUGCACUAUUGAUAAGCUAAGAAGAAAGAACUGCCCAUCUUGUCGGCUGAAGAAGUGUUUUGAAGCUGGAAUGAGUCUGGGAGCUCGUAAACUGAAGAAGAUUGGACAACAGAAGAACCCUGAUGAAGAUCAUCCUCUUCAGGACUCAUCAGAGGUUGUCCAUAACAUCUCUCCUAAAUUAGGUCUGAACACCAACUCCGCCAUGGUCUUCCUCAACAUCCUGGAGUCCAUUGAGCCUGAGGUGGUGAAUGCAGGACACGACUAUGGCCAACCAGACUCGGCUGCCACUCUGCUCACCAGCCUCAACGAGCUGGGAGAGAGACAACUGGUCAAAGUGGUCAAAUGGGCGAAAGGAUUGCCAGGCUUUAGAAAUCUCCAUGUGGACGACCAAAUGACUGUCAUUCAGCAGUCUUGGAUGGGGGUGAUGGUGUUUGCCCUGGGAUGGAGGUCCUAUAAGAACGUCAAUGGCAGGAUGCUUUACUUCGCUCCGGAUCUUGUGUUCAAUGAAAAUCGGAUGCACAUUUCCACCAUGUAUGAGCACUGCAUGCGGAUGAGACAUCUCUCACAGGAGUUCCUGCUGCUGCAGGUCACUCAGGAAGAGUUCCUCUGCAUGAAGGCUUUGCUCCUCUUCAGCAUUCUUCCCAUUGAGGGUCUGAAGAGUCAGAGGUGCUUCGAUGAACUGCGUCUCACCUACAUCAACGAGCUUGAUCGCCUCAUUAACUAUCAAAUGGCCACCAAUUGUCCUCAGAGGUUCUACCAGCUCACCCGACUCCUGGACUCUCUCCAGAUGACAGUAAAGAAGCUCCACCAGUUUACAUUCGACCUUUUUGUCCAGGCUCAGUCGCUCCCCACCAAGGUCAGCUUUCCAGAGAUGAUUGGAGAAAUAAUCUCAGUACAUGUACCAAAGAUCCUGGCAGGUUUGGCGAAACCGAUUUUGUUUCACAAGUAGAAGGAUUUUUUUAUUUAUCAAAAAGUGACUCAUCUUUGCUGCCUCCAUAAACUUUAACGAAGGUACUGUUUCCCUAUCUUCAGUCUAAUAGCUCUUAGCCCUGUCCUGUAAUCAUUAUUUUGUUGCUCAAGUUUUUUUGUUCCUUUUAGCCAUAAUUGAGAUUGUUUGUUCAGAACUGUUAAAGCUUUUAUCUGAAGCGCUGCAAGGCAUCACCUGUUGACAGCUCUGCUGUGUCUGAGCGGAGAGUUUGUGUCUCUAGCAGGAGCAGAGAUGCUACUUUACAUACACAGUAAGUUUGCAAAUCAUGAUUACAGCAACAUAAAAGUAGCAGGUAAAAAAUAUUUUUUGGAAGUUUUGCAUGUGAUCUUCAUAUCACAUACACUUGACGAGGAAUUCAUAAAUACUAAAAAAUAGAUAAAUAAACGGGACGGUCUAAAGAGUAGAUGUGAAUAAGAUCACACAGAUAAACUUGUUUCCAGUCAACUCACAAAAAACUGUUUUUCUAAGCAAUGCCUUCAGGUGCAUCUGCUAAGUCCCUGCUUGUGAAAUCAGAAUUAGUACAUACAACUUUGGAGGAAUUUAACUGCUUAAGUGCCUUAAAAUCUGAACUUUAGAUCUUGAAUUUGUUUUUCAAAUUUAAAUCUUACUUAAUUUUUUUUUUAAACUUCCUAACAAAUCGGCAAAAUCCUGAAACCCUGGUGUGAAAUUAAAGCUGUAGUUGGUAACUUUUAAAGAAAAAAUAACUUUUUUCAUAUUUGCCGAGACUGUCUCUAUAUUCACGCAGCACUAGAUAAGACAGAUUAUCAGUGAAAAAAAUCACACUAUCCUUCCUGCUCCAUUGUUUGUAGCUCUCUUCAUGGCCUGACUGCAUGUGAACGAAAACAACCGAUCAGAGCUGAAGAGACUCUAACGCAGCUGCCAAUCAUGUCAAUCACUGCUGGUGAACUUCGGUCAAACCUAGGCAGCACUUAAAAUGAAACAAGGUUCUGUUAAUGCGUUACCUAUUUCUCGCCUCAAAUGUUUUCAGAAACAUAUUUUAGUGACUGUUUAGCUGUAAAAUUAGACAGUUGGUCUGGCUGGUGGGCGGGGCUUGGUACUCCAGUCGACUGCUUCCAACAUGGCAGCAGGAUCACAAACUUUCUCAUUUUACAACUAAACAGUGCAUUAAAAUGUGUUUCUGAAAACAUUACAAGAGAGAAAUAGGCAAUGCACUAACAGAAUUUUGUUUCAUAUUUGAUCAGCGCUACUGAGUAUGACAGUUUGACAGUUGAUGAGUAGUGACCGACAUGACUAACCGCCAAUUUCCACCAGAUGCGUGUUGGUUGUGUCUGCGCUCCGGCACGGCAGCGGAGCCAAUAGGAUUCCAUUCUAGUCAAUGUGUGUGUUUCCACCAGCUGCGGCUGUGCUGCGUUCCAGCUCCGUCUCAGCUCCGGCCCUCCGCAACAGAUACGCAGGACUUCUAUUUUUGCCGGACGCCGGAGCACAACGCAGCAAUUCAGCACAGAGCAGAUCGUGCGGGGCAGGAAGUCGUGCACAGAAACACAAUAAAACAUCUGGUUAAUUUUCAAAAUAAAAUACAUAGUGUUCACAGCGGAUCAUAUUUCCCUGCACUACACCUUAAAAACUACAUAAUGGGCAGAGGCAGGCCUGAAGUCAACAGGUCAGAGAUUUUCAGACGUCAUUUCACCCCGUGAACACCAUGGA